GAGGACGCCGGCGGCCGUUCCCAAGGGCUUCAGGAUGGACCUGGGCCCCCCAGAGCCCGAGCUGAGCAGCGGGGAGAUGGAGGAGCUGCAGCGGAUCCGGUGGCACCGCCGGCAGCUGCUGGAGGACAUCCAGACACUGAAGGAGGAGAUCGCAGAUGUGUUCACCCAGAUCGACUGCUUCGAGAACGCCCAGGAGAGCCGCGUGGCCCAGAAGGAGAAGGAGCUGUGCGUCGGGCGCAAGAAGUUCAACAUGGACCCCGCCAAGGGCAUCCAGUAUCUCAUCGAGCACCAGCUGCUGAGCCCUGCGGUCCAGGACAUCGCGCGCUUCCUGUACAAGGGUGAAGGCCUCAACAAGGCGUCCAUCGGCACCUACCUGGGGGAGAGGGACCCUGUGAACCUGCAGGUCCUGCAGGCCUUUGUGGACUGCCAUGAGUUUGCCAACCUCAACCUGGUGCAGGCCCUCAGACAGUUCCUGUGGAGCUUCCGGCUGCCCGGGGAGGCCCAGAAGAUCGACCGCAUGAUGGAGGCCUUCGCGGCUCGCUACUGCCUAUGCAACCCGGGUGUCUUUCGGUCCACAGACACCUGCUACGUGCUGUCCUUCUCCGUCAUCAUGCUCAACACCAGCCUGCACAACCCCAACGUGCGGGACAGGCCGCCCUUUGAGCGCUUCGCGUCCAUGAACCGCGGCAUCAACGAGGGCAGCGACCUGCCCGAGGAGCAGCUGCGGAACCUCUUCGACAGCAUCAAGAGAGAGCCCUUCUCCAUCCCCGAGGACGACGGCAGCGACCUCACCCACACCUUCUUCAACCCUGACCGCGAGGGCUGGCUGCUCAAGCUGGGAGGCCGAGUGAAGACGUGGAAGCGACGCUGGUUCAUCCUGACCGACAACUGCCUCUACUACUUCGAGUUCACCACGGACAAGGAGCCGCGGGGCAUCAUACCGCUGGAGAACCUCUCGGUGCAGAAAGUGGAGGACCCCAAGAAGCCAUUCUGUCUGGAACUCUACAACCCCGGCUGCCGCGGCCAGAAAAUCAAGGCGUGUAAGACGGACGGGGACGGCAAGGUGGUGGAGGGCAAGCACGCGUCCUACCGCAUCUCUGCCGCCAGCGCCCACGAGCGUGACCAGUGGAUCGAGGCCAUUCGCGCCAGCAUCACCCGCGUUCCCUUCUACCACCUGCUCUCUGCCCGCAAGAAGAAGAUCGCCAGCCAGCAGUGACCUUCCCGGAGGGGACCUUGGGCCUCCGGGGGUGCCGCCCCCCCCCA